AUGGGUGUUCCUGCUCUUUUCAGAUGGCUUUCGCGCAAAUACCCGAAAAUUAUCUCGCCGGUUAUAGAGGAAGAGCCCAUAGUGGUGGGAGAUGUGGAACAGCCCGUCCAGUACUCCAAUCCGAAUCCUAACGGAGAGCUGGAUAACCUGUAUCUGGACAUGAACGGUAUCGUCCACCCUUGUUCCCAUCCAGAAAAUAAACCGCCUCCCGAAACCGAAGCAGAGAUGAUGGUAGAGAUCUUCAGAUACACAGACCGUGUACUCAAUAUGGCACGUCCGCGCAAACUGCUCAUGAUCGCCGUUGACGGCGUUGCUCCUCGUGCAAAGAUGAAUCAGCAGCGGUCUAGACGGUUCCGUUCGGCCAGAGAUGCGGCCCUGGCACAGGAGGAGUUGGAACGGCAGAUUCACGAGAGAGAAAUGCGAGGCGAGCAAAUCGACCUUGCUAUCAAAGGAAAGAAAUCGUGGGACUCGAACUCGAUUACUCCCGGCACACCGUUCAUGGACAUACUUGCACGUUCGCUUAGGUACUGGGUGGCGUACAAGCUUGCCAACGAUCCUGGAUGGGCCAGCUUGCAAGUGAUUAUCAGUGAUGCCACAGUUCCCGGAGAAGGAGAGCACAAGAUCAUGAACUUUAUCAGGUCCCAGAGAUCUGACCCUGAAUACAACCCGAACACCACCCACUGCAUCUAUGGACUGGAUGCCGAUUUGAUUUUCCUGGGUCUGGCAACGCAUGAACCUCAUUUCAAAGUUCUCCGUGAGGACGUGUUUGCAAAGGACCAAGCCCAAAGACAACUGAAGUUGGCCGAUCAGAUGAACAUGGAUGAAGCCACGCGACAGCGACUCUUGGCUGCAGAUCAGAAAAAGCCGUUUUUGUGGCUUCAUGUGAGCGUCCUACGAGAAUAUCUUGAAGUUGAACUGAACAUUCCUCGCUUGUCAUUCAAUUUCGAUUUGGAACGUGCCAUUGACGACUGGGUUUUCAUGUGUUUUUUUGUUGGCAACGAUUUCUUGCCGCAUUUACCGUCAUUGGACGUUCGCGAUAACGGCAUCGACAUCCUCGUGGAUAUAUGGAAACGUGUCUUGCCAACCAUGAAGGAUUACUUGACCUGCGAUGGCAAGCUGAAUCUGGAGGGUGUUGAAACUCUGAUGAGUCAUUUGGCCCAGAAAGAGGACGAAAUCUUCCGUAAGCGGUAUGAAGGUGAGAGACGCAGAGAAGAGAACGACAAACGGCGUAAGCUGGAACGCGAGCAGACUAAUGCUGUGAAAAACCAACUGCUCAAAACGGUCACCAAGGGCAAAGAAAAAGCACCAAUAAUGCCAACACAGAAUAUGACCCUGACAAGUUUAACUACGGGCGAAACCGCUGGAGGAUUAAAGAUGACCAAUAGCGAGAUCGUCCAAAACAUCAGCACUAUUUCCAAAGCCAAUGCUGCAAACAAGAAUGUUGCAGAUAUCCUCAAGCAGGCUUUGUUCAAUAACACAGAGGCUAAUGGCAACGCUAGUGCUGUAAGCGUUGUCAAGGAAGCAGAGGUUGAGGAGCAAGAACCUAUUGAUGUCUCUGAGAAAAAAAGAUCAGCUUCGGCUGCCUUCAACUCCGACUCUGAGCAGUCAGAUGCGGAAGUGAUAGAUACUACCGACUCUAUCCGGCUCUGGGAACCGGGCUACAAAACGCGAUACUACCAGCAGAAGUUUGAGACCACCGAUGCUGAAGAGAUAGAGAGGAUUAGAAAAGAUAUGGUUCGCUGCUAUGUGGAGGGAAUUUCUUGGGCGCUAUUGUACUAUUUCCAAGGGUGUCCUUCGUGGAACUGGUAUUAUCCUUACCACUAUGCACCUUUUGCAGCUGACUUCACAAAUCUUUCUGACAUCAAAGUUGAAUUCAAGCAGGGAACACCUUUUAGGCCAUUCGAGCAAUUGAUGAGCGUCCUUCCUGCUGCUUCAGGUCACAAUCUACCCGAAGUUUUUAGACCUCUGAUGUCUGAGCCUCAUUCAGAAAUCAUUGAUUUCUAUCCUACGGAUUUCAAGAUCGAUAUGAACGGCGCCAAGAUGGCCUGGCAGGGAAUAUGUUUGCUUCCAUUUAUUGAUGAGACUCGUUUGCUCAAGACAGUGCGCGAAAAGUACUCCGAGCUAACCGAGUAUGAAAUUGAGCGCAAUACCAACCGCAACGAGGUGCUAUUUCUAGGUCGCAAAAACAAGUACUUUGAUAAGUUCUUGAAGUUUUACGAAACGAAAAACAAGGAGGAAACAUACAUCCAUGCUCACAAAACCGGAUUGGCAGGAAAGGUGUUCAUCAUGGACAAAUUCGAUCCCAAGGGCACGCUCAAAUACGAGCUGGACGUGGCGACAGAUCAAUAUUUCGAUAUCUCGAACGAUUCUUAUUUGGCCAUGGAGUAUAGAUUGCCAGCCAAGGUGAACAGCAAAUCCAUGCUCUUGGCAGGUUAUAGGCCUCAUCUGAAACUUUUGACGCAGCAGGAUAAGGACCAGAUCGUAUACAGCUCCAACAAGUUUUACAGAAACAAUAGGAACUUCCAAGCCAGCAACGACAUCGACUACAAGCCUCACAUUGGUCCUCACGGGGACACGAUAUAUACGAUGCGUGUUGGCGGAUACAAGAGUUUUAUCCACAUGUAUCAGGAGCAGGCUCGAAGUCAGGCCUACCAACCUCCGGCACAAACAAGUUAUCAGAACCAGGGAUACAACAACUACCAGAGUCAGGGAUAUAACAAUUACAAUCAAGGCUACAACCGUGGCUACAACAACUACAGCAACCAGAGCUAUAACAAUUACCAAGGCUACGGACAGAGACAAAAUCAAGGUCAGUAUUACAACGAGUUCCAAAGACGACCUAAUAGAGGAAACAGCCGGUGGUGA